UCUGCGUGGGGAUCGAGGUUCACUCUUCCACAGGCUUCAUGUCUGACAGCACAGAGACGAGGACAGAGACGAGGACAGAGACAAGAGUGGAGACAAGGAGAAGCAGGGAAGUCUCUUGUGUGACUGACUUUGAUUUUGUGAGCGCGUGACGCGGCGGGAAACUUUGUGUCCAUGUCACAGCUGAGGACAGUUCAGCUCACUCUUCUUCAGGCUGCAGCGGCGCGAGACCCACUCUUAAUUCUCCACGGAUUAAUUUAAGCAGAACACAAACACACCGGAAACACACAGGGCGUGGUUAUGGACUUUAACCUGCUGACGGACAGUGAAGCUCGCAGUCCUGCUCUGUCUCUCUCGGACUCUGGGACGCCACAACACGACCAGGGAUGUAAAGGACAAGACAACAGCGACACAGAGAAAUCACAGCACAACCAGCUGGACGAGUCCAGCGCCGACGACAGCUCCCUGAAGAAGAAGCAGCGGCGGCAGAGAACUCACUUCACCAGUCAGCAGCUGCAGGAGCUGGAGGCCACGUUCCAGAGGAACCGUUACCCGGACAUGAGCACGAGGGAGGAGAUCGCCGUGUGGACCAACCUCACCGAGGCCAGAGUCAGGGUUUGGUUUAAGAACCGUCGCGCCAAGUGGAGGAAGCGGGAGAGGAACCAGCAGGCGGAGCUCUGCAAGAACGGCUUUGGCGCGCAGUUCAACGGACUCAUGCAGCCGUACGACGACAUGUACACGGGCUACUCGUACAACAACUGGGCCACCAAGAGUCUGGCCAACAGCCCGCUCUCUGCCAAGAGCUUCCCCUUCUUCAACUCCAUGAACGUGAGCCCGCUCUCCUCGCAGCCCAUGUUCUCGCCGCCCAGCUCCAUCCCCUCCAUGAACAUGGCGUCCGGCAUGGUGCCGUCCGCCGUCGCCGGAGUCCCCAACAACCUGGGCAACCUCAACAACCUCAACGGCCCCGCCGCUGCCGCGCUCAACACAGUGGCGGUGACGGCGGCCACGUGCCCGUACGCCACCACCGCCAGCCCCUACAUGUACAGAGACACCUGCAACUCCAGCCUGGCCAGUCUGAGGCUCAAGGCCAAGCAGCACACCAACUUUGCAUACCCGGCAGUUCAGAACCCGGUGUCCAACCUGAGCCCCUGCCAGUACGCGGUGGACCGGCCGGUAUGAAGACGCUCCGCCAUGGAUGCCUCCAACGCAGCCAAUCAACUGCGAGUCCACUGUCCACCCGCCCCCCCCCCCCUCCCCCGCUGACUUCACUCAACUCUCCAGCUCCAUCUCUAGGCGAGCAGAUGCGCUGCAGACUGGCAGAUCAGGGUUCUUUUGGGGGGGCGGUGCAAAAAACGGACGACGCACCGUCACUUCUGACGGAGACUGAACUGAGCAGCUGCUUCAAAGGAUUUCAAAGAUUAUCAUCCGUGAUCAUUUCCCCCCUCCCCCUGCCCCUCCCUCUUCUUUUGAACUGCAUGAUUAGAGUAACUGUAGAAACUAAAGGGUAAAAAAAAAAACACCGGAUAAGAACAUGAGAUAUGGUCUUUGCUGCUGUUGCAGUAAAAAGGGACCUGUGGUUACGACGGCGAGGCGCCGAGGUUGUAUAUAUAUAACGGACUUUUUCUGUUUUGUAUGUGACAAAAAAAUAAUUAUGAUGAUAAAAAUGUAGAACUUUAAAGAUGAGAGAAAGCAUGUUCUUCAAAAACGCAAACAAAGGCUCGUAAGAGUCAGAUAGUUCUGCUGUUUUUAAGUGUGGUUGUGCGAGUCACUGACACGCGUAGCACUGUGAGCGCCCCCUGCUGCCGAGAACCAGCCUCGAUCUACAGUCACUUUAAGUCUGCGAUUUCUUAAGAACGUGUUCACGUCUUUAUCUCACUGUUAGACAGGAAACUGAAGUUUGUAAAACACUGAGAAAAUCAGUGAUUUUAACGUCACUCACACAGGAGUCGUUGAUCCACUGCUGCCUCCAUCACUGAGUUCUAAUGUCUUAUUUUAGUGAAUUCAGCAUUUAAAAAUGUUCCUUCAUAUUUACCUCAGUGACACAAAGUGACCACAUGAGGCAGCAGAGGACCAACAGCUCCUGUGUCCCCGCGAGCUUAAAUCACUGAUUUUCUCUAUGGACUUUGGUGUGUGAGAGUGAGUGUUUUACAGACUUCAGUUUCCUGUUGGAGAAGUCUCACAGUGAAGAUAAAGACAUGAACGUGUUCUUAAAUAUAACACAGAUUUAUUAACUGGCUAAACUGACUAUUUCCUUGGCAGCCAUGUUUUUGUGUCAGUUCCUUGUACAAUCAUGCCAACAAACAAACAAACAACCAACCAAACAAACACACACACACACACACACACACACACAAACAAACACACACACACACACACACACACACACACACACACACACACACACACACAAACAAACAAACACACACACAAACAAGCAAACAAGCAACCAACCAACCAACCAAACAAACAAACAAACAAACAAACAAACACACACACACACACACAUGCACACAAACAAACACACAAACACACACAAACAAACAGUCCCUUUAAACUUUGUUGUGAAUUCCUCACCCCUUGGAAGGUCAAGGGUCGAAGGGUCGAACACACCCUGCAGUGGUUUAACACACACACACACACACACAGGAAUAUCAGCAGGAUUUUUCUAAAAGCCAUUGAUUAUAUAGAUUUGUGGUGUUCUACUGUACAAAAAGAGUCCAUGACUGUAAAAAUGUAUGUAAGAGUGCAGUUGUUAUAAGAAUAAUUCAAGCUUUACUUUUCCUGGUGUAGCCUGCUUUGUCUCAUUAAACAUCAGUUUUUAAUGAA